UGUAUUGGUGACGUCACCAUCUCGGCUCCUUUCCCCUCCACCUCCAGUGAGUAGUCACAUCCCAGCGUCUCGAAGCCCAAAACCACGCACCGUUCCUCGCGCAAGCUCUCGACGAGCACCGCGCGGCAGACAUGGCGGCGGCUCCGUUAGCCCACUUCGACGAGGACUGGCAGGACUUCAACGAAUUCAAAGAGUCGUCCGCCCAGCUUGACGCCGGUGGUUCGGCGGCGGCAGCGGGGGGCCUUGACGAUCUGUCCGACCUGGACAACAGUUUCUCGGGGGAGAUCUGCAGCUUCCAGUCCAUGGAGGACCUCGUCCACGACUUCGACGAAAAGCUGACCGUGUGCUUCCGCAACUAUAACACCACCACGGAGCACAUAGCCCCCAUUAAACCCAUCACGGAGGAUAAUUACCUGAAAGACGACGAGGUGUGGAACACUCUGACGGACAACUACGGCAACGUGAUGCCCGUGGACUGGAAGACGUCGCACACUCGCUCGCUCCACCUGCCCACCCUCAACCUCAAUGAACGCCAGAAGCUUGACAACCAGUCUUUGGAUCUGUCGGAUGACGAGGAGCUGAGGGAGCAGAUGGACAUGCACUCCAUCAUCGUCUCCUGCAUCAACGACGAGCCGCUCUUCACUGCCGAACAGGUGAUCGAGGAGAUAGAAGAGAUGAUGCAGGAGUCUCCUGACCCCGAAGAUGACGAGAGCCCCUCCCAUUCCGACCUCUCCAUGCUCUCUCAGGACCUUCACGGCCUCAAACGCUCCGGCUCCGACACUAGCUACGAGGACCGGUUGCGUGAGCUGUCCGUGUCGGAGCUGAGCGAGACGCUGGAGGAGGUGGAGACGGCCAUCCGCCGCUUCAGCGAGGAGCUCAUCCAGGCUUUGGCCCUGCGGGACGAGCUGGAUUACGAGAAGGAGGUGAAGAACAGUUUCAUCUCGCUGCUCAUCGAUGUUCAGAAUAGGCAGAAGGAGCACCGUGAGCUUCUGCGCAAGAAGAAGAAGAUCCGCAGCGCCACAUUGCCAGGACCCAACGGCCAGAGGAGCGCCAACACGCACGUCCCCGGCACGCGCCUCACUCUGGAGGGACUCUCCAAUGUCAUACAAAAUGGCCUCCGUCAAACUUUUGGCACUACAGGAGGGGACAAAAAGUACCUGACCACAGUGAUCCCCUAUGAGAAGAAAAUGGGCUCCCCUGCAGUGGAAGACCUCCAGAUCCUAACAAAGAUCCUUCAUGCCAUGAGGGACGACAGCGAGAAGGUUCCCGCUCUGCUCACAGAUUACAUCCUCAAAGCUCUGGUUUGAGAGCGCUGGACGCUGAGUUCUUUGUCCCACGUAAAAAUAAAAAAAGCCGAUUGGCGCCCUCCUGCGUCCAGAACCUCCCUGGAGCGACGUCACAAAGAAGCUUCUGGAACGUUGGAUCUUUUAAACACGGACUUUCUUACCUUUUCAUGUUUUUACCUGGACAAGUAGUUGAGCAGAGUUGAACAAUCCUGACUUCUUGGUGGAUGUUAACCAGUAUUACUCAUUGCACCUCAAAAGGCCCAAUUGACUCCUUGUUUUUAUUCCACAAUGUUCUUCAGCGAGGGAAACACCCUGCCACCAGAGACUCCAUGUGGCAGCAGGCUGACCUUAGCAUCCAUCUGACUCUGCUAACCGCCGACUGAAUGUUGAAAGAAUUUUUUUUGUGUAUAAUGCACAUGAAAAAAGGAAAGCCGGACGAACAAGUACGACCACCUUGAGUAGUGACCUCACGCCCACCGACUCCAUCAUACCUCCUGCAUCACUUAAGUUAGCUAGUAAACGAGUUAGCAAGCAAACUUUGCAAUCUCAGUGGCUACGUAGCGCCGUUAAGCUUUUGGUGUUUAGUGAUCUCACCACUUUAGGUAUCACGUGGUAGCACUUCUUGUCUUUGUAGUGAUUUGCUUAUGUCUUAUAUUUGUUUAUUAGUGCUACAUAAGCUUUUAGCUUGUCAGCAUGCUAAUGCGGGCUCUUUGUAUGCUACCUUAACCAAUGACAAACUACAUUUUCUGUGCUGAAUUUUCGCAUAGUGAUGUUCUAAGUUUUCAGAACUCACUACCUAUUGGCAGCUUUUUUAUUUUUUUUAUUUUUUUUUAUAUAUAUAUAUAUAUAUAUAUAUAUAUAUAUAUAUAUAUAAAGUGACUGUCACCCAGCAAUAGAACAUUACAGGGGGUUCGCAGUUUAUGGUGGUAUAGUUUACGAACGGCACGCAAUUAACUAUUUUGCGCAGUGGCUAAGAAUACGUGGUCACGCAGCACAGGAAGGCAAGCUCAUUUAUCGUACCUACUACUUUUCAUUUGAUUGUUUUGUCUUUAUAGCUUAUAAAUGUUUUUCAUUUAUCAUUUCAACUGUAAUAAUGACUUUGGGUUAUGUCGGUGCUGAAGAAACAUAACCACAUUGCCAACCAAGGGCACCGCGAUGGAUACUGGUGGUGUUCGACAAGGUUUUAUACUAGGUUACCAGAUUGGCAAUCUGUAGAGUUCACCAUCAUGUCAAUUUGUACGUAACUCGGAAUGUGCCGUAGUGCAUCACUAGUCUACACCAAUGCGGUAGCGUAAUCAUAAUUGCAUAACACUUUCAAGCCAUAAAUAUAAAACAUUCAAAUGAAAAGCAUUAAGUAUGGCAGUAAGUGGGUGUGAUAUCUUGUGCCGUGUGACAACUUAUUCUUACACCGUUCAUAAUCGCGAAAUAUGGGAUUUCGGGACCAUCCUAAAUCUAGGACCCCCUUAAAACGUUUUUACAAAAAACAUGCCAUUUUUUUUUUUUUUUUUUUUUUCUCUUUUAAACAAAGUGGUAAUACUGAAUUCGAAACAUGAACAUGAGCUACUAUCAGGUCCAGUCGCACUCUCAGGUACGACCACCAGCAUUUUCAGUCGUAUUCCUCUUAUUAAAUGUCUACCAUAAAGCUCGAGGGCAUCCAUGUAGUCAACUUUGUUCAAAUUUCUGGGGGGAAAAAGGGUGCCACAGGACGUUUAAGUGUGCGCUUUUAAACGUUUUUAAUGGUAAUCAAAAGGAAAAAGCGCUUGAAUUAUAUUCUUUAUAAACUGUGAUGUGCUGCCUGCACUUUACUACCGCACAUACAGUACAUUACCUCCUUCAUUCGAAUAGAUUUUUUUGACCAUUCAAAUAGGCGUCUGAAAUUUUCAGUCUUACUUGCUGGCUGACGCGUGAAAUCCAAAUCAGGUCCGUUUUAAAGGAAAAUAUUUUGAUGUAAUCCGAUAAGAAGAAAUUAAUUUAGUUUUCUAAGAAAACAUCCUUGGCUUAAAGAACAAUUUUAGAGAUUUAUAUUUUAUAUGCAAGAUGAGCAACACAAAAAAGACUGCCUUUGUAAAAAAAAAAAACAAUCUACAAUAAAUCGACUGCUUUUUAAUCCUUUUUAAUGCAUCGGAAUCUGCCCCUUUUUUGGGAUGUUUAUGUUUACUAUCUCAAGUGGUACUGCAGUAUAUUAAUUUAUUUUUACUGUCGUUCUGUUUUUUUUGUGACAAUUCUAUUGACUGUAAUGUUAAAAUGUAUUGUGGCAGCAUUGCACCUCAUUUCAAAUAAAUGAUUACGUGAAAACUACACUUUUUCAUUUCUAAUUAUUGUAAAGUAAGGAAUACUCAGUGACUCACAUUGUUGCUUUUAAAUGUGCAAAUAUUUUAUUCAUUCUUACAAAGACGGUGAAAAGACCAAAAAAUGGGCUCUUUGUGCACAGCGCCGUGCCGUCAUAUCCGCUGCGGCUAUUACCGGUUACCCUCUUCUGUUUUGGUGAACUCCGACAGCCGUGUAUUCAUAGUUUCGAGUUACCAACGGAGUAUGAG